AUGUCAAGUUCAGACAAGGAGUGCAUGAGUUUGGAUAUACAGAAAGCACUGGAAGAUAUAGAAGAUUGCCAGAGCACCCUGGAAGACCUGAGUGACAAAGCAAGUGGAGAAAUCAUGCAAGUGGAACUCAAGUACAUACAACUGAAGCGUCCUCAUUUCGACAAGCGCAAUGAGAUAAUAUCAAGAAUUGACCAUUUCUGGAUUACUUCUCUGCUAAACCAUCCCAAACUGGCCAACAUAGUGGAGGCAGAUGAAGAAGAAUGCUUGCGUCACUUGAAACAGAUAAACUUUGAAGAGUUUCCAGACAUGCGGACAGGCUUUUCAGUGCACUUUCAUUUUGAGGAAAACCCAUUCUUCAGUAACCAAGUCCUUACUAAGUCCUUCCACCUCUCCCCAAAAGCGGGACAGAAGUCUUCUAACUCCACUGAGAUCAGCUGGAAGCCCAGUAAAUCCGGGGGCUUAAACCUGUUACAGCAGCACACUGAACGGGCCCUGAAAGGUCACGGGCGCACAUUUUUCUCAUGGUUUGUGGAGGUCACUGAAGCAAGUAGGGAUAGAAUCAUAAAGAUGUUGAAGGAUGAUAUUUGGCCAAACCCUCUUCAGUACUUCCUAGCAGCAGACGUGGAUGAGAAUGGAUUUACUGACAGCGACAGUUAUGAUGAUGAUGAUAUCCCCAUACAGAAUAUUGAGGAUGACUCUGUUGUCAUUGUCGGUGAUGAUGACAGUGAUGAUGAUGAUGUGUAUGAGGUAGAAGAUGACUCCAAACUAAGCAUGGAGGACUCUGAGAAUGAUGAUGAUGAUGGCGAUGAUGAGGGAUUAGACUCUGCCCAGGAGCUUGAAGAGACAGUGGAAUCCAUUGAAGUAGAAGAUGACGAGUUUGAAGAUGAGGAUGAUGAUGAUGAAGAUGCAAUUCAUGUUCUAGACAGCGACAGUGAUCCAGAGGUGCAUGAAAUCACCGAUACGCCUGAUAAACCACCAACGGAAAAGGACUCAAUAGACCGAGUAAUGGCUGCAGCCAUGCUAGAUUUCAGUGAAGCAGAACGACUGGAGAGUAAUACUCCUAGUGUUGUUGAUAAAAAGGAUAAUAGUGCUUUGACAGUUGAGGAAGAAAUAGAGAAAAUUAAAGGUGAUUCCGAUGAAACUGUAGUUGAAACUGGUGAAGGUAACAGUCAGGGGGGAAAAAGUGAGAGUGAUGGAAAAGACUGUGGGGCAGAAAAGAAUGUUAAUGGUGAGGGUUCGAGUGACAAAGGAGGUGAGCAGGGUGUUGAAAGUUCUAGUGAAGAAGAGGGAAAAGAAAAACCAAAUAACAAUAAAAAGGCUCCUAGUAGAAAGAGACCAUUAGAUACUGCUGAUUGAUUUAUUCUUAACUCUGUCUGAGCAUGGCAGCAUAGUUUUAGCCAGAAUUGCCGGUGUUGGUUUAACUGAUGUAAAUUUUGUUCCUUCUAAUUGUCGUAAGGCAAUAAUGUCAAUCCUAUUGUCAAUGUCAAUUCAAAGCUUUGGAAAAACCAUCCAAGGUCUGUUCAAUUAGUAUAAUAAUGUCAUGCUUAUGUAUUUAUCUGGACAUUUUUUUGACUGCUAGCAAAUGUGAUUGCAACACAAAUCAUAUAAGAGAUAUACUAUCUUUUACCUGAUGUCUUAAUCUGAUGGCAUUUCAAAAGAAAUGUUUAAAACCAUGUUCUGGAAGUUAGUUAGUAAACUUGCAUUUGCGAAGCUUUCCUACAAAUAAGAUAAUUUGAAUACAGUAUAAUACAUGCAUGAAAUUGCAAUUAAUGACAAAUCUUUUUACAAUUAUGUGCUUUUGAACUUAAGCAAUUAGUGUAUUUUUACUUCAAAAAUGUAAAUGGGGAUAAAUUUAACAGUAUUUUUAGUAAGCAACAUCAUUUUACACUGCCAACCUCAUUUUGACAAAGUAUAGCCAUACCUGAUUGGUCAUUCAAAGAAAAGGUUUCCAAUCAAAACCAACAAUAAAUUAUCUUAAACAUGUUUAAUAUGGUUUCUUAAAACUGGAAAGAAAGUAAUUUAUGUAAUAAAUUUGAUUUUCCAAUCUUUUGUAAAAAUUUAAAAGUGUUAAAAAGCAUUGCAGCGUCAUGCUGUAUCAUUUAGCUGUUAUCUUUUGAGAAAUGCCAAACAUGUUCUUCUUCAUUAAUUAAGUUUUGUUUCAUUCUUGUGCACCUUUCCAUGUGUAUGAACUCUUUAUAUGAACACUAAAUUUAAUUCACGUUCCAAAGUGAUUAAAUUGCCUCUGCUAACCUUUUAGUGACAUGUGUAUCUUUGAAAGUGUUAUUGCUUGUGCAUGUUUGUAUAAAUGAAAUCUGAAAAUGGUAACUGUUAAUAAAUACCUUGGUCCAUUUAUCUCAAAAUGAAUACACUGUACUUUGUUCAAAAUAAGUUUUAAAGUGAUUGCAAUGAAUUCAAUUGUCAUUUCUUUUUAUCUUAUGUGUUAUAAGUUUACUUCAGACAGUGCUGAAUGAUUUUGAAUAAGCAAAUAGAUUCUUUUAAAUGAAAACAAUAAUUUUACACACAAUUAUUUAAGGGUGAUUUUUUCAUACUUUUCAAUGCACAAUUGUCCAUUAGUGAUUUGAGCAAUUCAAAUGUAUUUGUUGUUUUUGAUUUCAAGAUAAUUGUUCAGUUUAUGAAAUUUUAAUACAAUGUUAAUAAAUUCUGUAUAUUAUUCGUCACACAAAUAUGAGGUACACCUCUUCCAUUUAUAUUGAUAUUCUCAUUAGUAAAUAGUAAAUACAUAAGAUAUCCCAUUUGUAUGGCAAUACAUACUUCACGAGGCUGAUGUACAUGUAUUAUUAUAGUUUUGUGAUUUCAUGCAUGUUUAUAUAUAUUAUUGACGGAUGAAAAAGUAAAUUUAUAUUUAAGAUAUUAUUCAAUUUUAAGCUCACCUGAAAAGAAAGUGCUCAUGUUGAGUUCCCGUGGUUACUGUAUGUCUAGGCCGAGUUACAAUUCUGGUCACAUGCAUCCCAAAACCCAAAAAUUGGUCAUUUGGUCUUAUCUUAGACAAAUCUUUUUACCAUUAUAAUGACCACAAUUUUGACUGCAUCUGAAUGAAACUUGGUGUUUAUCUUCACUAAAUCUAGGCCAAGUUUAAUCUCAAUCAAGUGCAUCCAAAAACUAGGUCCCCAGGUCAAAUUUGAGAAAAAACUUAUCACUUGAGAGGUCACUUUUAUUACUAAAUCUAUGUAAAACAUGGUCAGAAUAUUGAUCUUGACAAUGUCUAGUCUGAUUUCUUAUCUUUUGCCUGAUUCUAAAGGUAACUAAGUAAAUCUUAUGAAAACCUAGUUUUAAUUCUAGAGGCCACAUUUAUGACUCAAUCUUGAUGAAAGUUGUAACUUGAUAAAUAAUUGUUUUUCAUUAUCUAGAUUUGUUAGGAAUUUGGGCUACAUGUGUCUUAAGUACAUGUGUCUACAUAGUUCCCAGUCUAGAGGCAACAUUUGUGACUCAAUCCUGAUUGAACUUGGUCAGAAUGUUUAUCUUUUCAAUAUCUGAGUUGUGAUCAAAUCUGAGUAACAUAUGUCCAAAAUCCAGGUCACUAAGUCAAAUCUGGAAAAAACAACAACUGUAAACACUCUAGAAGCCAAAUUUUUUACUCAACCUUAUUAAAGCAUGGUCAUAAUGUUGAUCCUGACAAUGUCAAUCAGUACUCUAGGGCAAGUUUUAAUCUGGGUCAUGUGGGUCAAAAAACUAGGUAACCAGGCAAAAUUUUAUAAAAACCCAUAUUUGGUUAUAGGUAUGGUGAGAAAACCCAUAUUGCUUCUCUAGAAACCACAUUAAUAAUUUGAUCUUGAUGAUACAUGGUCAGAAUGAUUAUCAUUUAAAUGUCAAGGCGUUGCUUUUUUAUAUGGGUCAAAUGCACAGUCACCAAGUCAAGUCUUUUAAAUUGGUACAUGUAUUACAUGAACUCAGGUGAGCGCUUCAAGGCCAUUAUGGCUCUCUUUUUAAUAAUUAUGUGCAGUAUUGCUUUAAGUCAGUCCCAGAAAACAGUAACUUAUUGUAAAUAAUAUUUUAUACAUACAUAGGUGUUGUUUUUAUGCCCCCUUUCCAGGAAAAGGGGGUAUAUAGUUUUCGCACUGUCUGUCAGUCUGUCUGUCAGUCUGUCAUACAUUUCGUGUCCGCUCUCUAAUUCAAAUAGUUUUCAUCCGAUCUUUACCAAACUUGGUCAGAAGUUGUAUCUAGACAAUAUCUAGGUCAAGUUCGAAUAUGGGUCAUGCUGGGUCAAAAACUAGGUCACUGGGUCACUUAGUGCAUUUCAAGAAUUUAGCAUGGUGUCCGCUCUCUAAUUUAUGUGGCUUUCUGAUUUAUUUUGAUAUUCUAAGACAUAAAGUGAUCGGACUGUCGGUCCAUCUGUCCGUCCGUCUGUCAGUCACACUUUGCGUUUAGAUUUCGAAAAUAUGCUCAUAACUUCUAUGUCGCUUCAGAUAGCAAUUUGAUAUUUGCCAUGCAUGUGUAUAUGGACAAGGCCUUUCCAUACGCACACAAAUUUUGACCCCUGUGACCUUGACCUUGAACUUAAGGUCCGCGUUUAGGUUUGGAAAUCUACGUUUAGGUUUCGAAAAAAGCUCAUAACUUCUACCAAGCGUUUAUAGGGGGCAUAAGUUAUCCUAUGGUGACAGCUCUUGUUUAUUUUAAAUCAAUUACUUAGUAUAGUUUUUUUUCUGACUUGAGUUGACAUAUGUUUUAAAUUUGUUCAUAUUGGCAGCUGACAUUUUCUGCACAUGUUAUUGUACAUGUGUAACUCCUGUUAUUGUUUUUGCUAUUACAUGUAUUCAUUAAAUUUGUUUUACUUAUCAUUAAACUUUCAGUCAUAUAUUCAUAAUGUAUAAUCAGAUUUUUACUUUAUGAAAAACAAUAAUAAUUAAAAUCAUCUAUAUUGGCAGCUAUUACUC